CAUCAACCCUCGAACGCUUGAGGAUCGACGCCCUCAUCAUUCGAACCUUCUCCCCGAUUCAUUGAAGCAUUACCAGCAUUGCGAUCGCCGUCACAUUCAUCAUCAGCAAAGCAUACGCAGCAACACUCAACCAAUAUGGCAACGCUCGAAGCAGUUGCGCCCGAGACCAAUGCUGCGCCUGAGACCGAAGCGUCUACGUCUGCGUCAGUCUCAGCAGCGCCAGCCAAGACCAUUCGACGUCAACCAUCGAUCACAAUCGCCAUUCCUCCAUCUCCCAUCCGCACUAAUCUGCGCCUGGGCACUCCGCCUCUGCCUCCAUCACCACACUUCCGGGCCAGGACGCAGAUAGACGCCUCGACAGGCAAUGCGACUUUCAUCCUGCCCUCUGUUCCAACUCAUGAACCAGAGGAUCGUCUCAUCUCCAACAGCCCAAGGAUGUCAGAAGCGGGCAGGAGGAGCAUCGAGGAGCCAAUGAGCAGGCUUUCCAGUGACAGAGUCUCCAUCUCGUCCAUGUCAGUAGACGCUCAUACAGCAGCGAGGAGCAGUUUCAGCCAGGCGAGCCGCGAUGCAGACCCUGAUGCAGAGGAGAUGGAGACGAUCGACGACGACGACGAGCAGCAUGGAGCAGGCCAGGAAGAAGAGGAAGAGGAGAUUCUUGAAGAACUGGCAGACGUUGCCGAGCCAUCCUCGAGCGAGGACAAUGGAGCCAUCGUAAUGUCUCGUAACGACUUUGCUGGCCUCAUCCUAGCUACUCAGGCGGCUGCUCUCCUGGCGCUCCAGACGCUGCUACAAGAGAUGCAGUCAACGAUCAGAGAAGGAUCGGAAGCCUAUGCCCACCUCAUCGACGUGCUCGUAUCGGCAGUCACCGAGCUUUCCAGCCAAGAGACAGCAGCCUCACAACGUGAAGAAGGCUUCAAGCGGCUGAACAGCUUGCUCGACUCGCUUUCAUCCGAAGCCCUCGUUGUAGGCUCCCAAGGGUCAGGCGGAGAUGGAGUCAACUUGGCGACAGCAUUGGGAGACCUACUGCUUUCCCUUGACAGGGUUCGCCCAGCUUCAGAUCCAGCAGCAGUCGAAGCUGCGAGGCUGCAAGCUCUCCCACCCGUCAGGCAGCGCAGCUCCUCGACUAUCUCCUCAAGCCCGUCACACGAGCUUCGCGACCCCUUUGCAGAAACUUCCUCGGAGCCCAACGUUUUCGCGACGUUGCACCGGCUCAUCGCCUCGCUGGCCGCCAGAUGCCCGCUGCCACAACGUCGAUUAGGCUCAAGCCCGCUCAUCUCAUCGCACGACGGUGGUGUUGCCUCCUUCCCUCGUCGCUUCGGCGACGGGUACGGUUCAAUGCAAGGCGCUCGCUCCUCCACUUCAUCCCUUGCAACCGCCUCCUCCUACACGUCCUCCAUAGUUGUCGACUCUCGGCACCUGGCAGCAACAGCAGAUCCAGAAGCCUGGUCGCAUGUGGGGCACAUUCUCGGUCUAACACGGGAUCUCGUAGCUAGUCGCAGAGCCUCUCAGUCCAUGCGCGAUGCUGGAGGGGCAAUGAGUCCGCAUCGCACCCGCAGCAGGAAAGAUAGCACGUCCAGCUCCUCCAACGCGGAUCCUUCGGACAUGUUGGCUGCGGAUGCUACACGAGUCAGGCGGUCACUCCAGCAGUCGAGGCGUGGAGGUGCAACUGCGGGGUCUCUGCAGCGUAAGCCUUCCACAGGAAGCCUGCGCACCUCUGUGAGCUCCAAUGGAACGGGAACCCAAUCCAUGCCUCCCUCCUACUCGGAGCACGACAGGCGGCGCGAAGUAGGCGCGACGGAUGCUCAGAUUCGCGACUAUCAAAGCCGGGGGAUCCUUCCAUCGUACGGGUAUGACGAGAAGAACGGCAGAGAAGGCCAAGGCAGCAGUGGCGGCAAGGACAGGCUGGGGUCUUCCUCCCCUCCUCGAAGCAUCCUCAAGAAGACGGGUCUCAUCGGGCGCCCAGACUCCCAGCUGAGCACCAGCGAGGACGCGGCGGCUACCUCUUCUCUAUCUCACUCCUCGUGCGAGGGUCUGCGCCUCCAGAAGUCUCUCGAACGGGCCUACGCAAAUGCGCCGCAGCUCAACGACCAGCGAGCAAAUGCCACCCCCUCACUGCAUCAGAGUCGUAGUCGUGACGUGACCCUGCAAGAGCUCAUCGACCGUCUAGCCGCCAGCGGAAAGAGACUGGACGACCAGCGCUGUGCCCCUCCUCUCCCUCCAGGGCAGGGCGCGAAGAGCAAGGAGAACAUCGGCGCGAUGCCCUCACCAAGUAGCAGGGACUCUAGACAUGAGAAGGGGGCAAACUCCGGGAUGAGGUCGAGCGUACUGCGCAAGCUGUCUAGCGGGGUGCACUUGGGUAGCAUUCGCAGGAGUAGCAAGUCCAAGGCGAGGGAGAAGGAGAAGGAGAAGGCGAGCGUGUCUGCCGCAGCCAGCCCAGCGCUUGGCACGCUGCCGAUGGCGAUGGAGGCCGCUGCGCACUCCAGCGGCUGGCUCGACACUCGCUCCGGCAGCUCAUCCUCAGGUAGUGGUGGUCUCCGCUCCCACGAUGCCUCGGGCGCUUCAAUGCGCUCGCUUAACCCACGCGAAGAAGAGGCAGAAGGAGCCGCCCUCUUCGAGCUCCUCGCAGCCAGCUCAUCCAAGUCCCGCUUCGCGGAUCAGGAAGCAGUCAUGCGAUCUUCGCAUGACCGUCGCCUUGGCAGUGGGCUCGCAGUGGCGGUCGCGUCGCCUGCUAGCUUCAAAACUGCUCCUGCUACCUUGUCCUCACCCGCAGAUUGGGCUGGACCAGCCGUUCCGGCGAAAAGCCCUCCAAUGUCAGCGAGCUCUCAAGUGUCAUCCGGGGGAGCGCAGAAGAGUGACGAUAUGAAGACAAUUCGUGCUCCUCCCAGCUCCGCUUCCUCGGAGCGGUCCGGCCGCGAGGGAGUCUUUGCUCAGCAGCAGAAGGAGGCGAUGGCUGCUACCAUGGCGGCGAAGAGGGGAGAAGGAGAGGAGCAGGAUUUUCAACAGGGGGCGGGCAAGGUAGAAGUGGGGUCGAUGGCUCCGUCCCCCAAUCAGAACGACAUGGCAGCGACCACGCCGAGGCAGGAUCGCGGGCAGGAUCAGACGCAGGUGCAGAGCCAUCAACAUCAGCAACAUCGCAAGGCGGUGCCGGUACUGUGAGCAGCAGCCUUCUCCGCGGGUACAUCGCCGAGACGCAGGUGCAGCUAGGGAUUGUUACGCUCGUUGCUAUGCUGGGCGAGGGAGUUGGAGCAGCGAAUUGGCAGAUUCAGCCCCAUCCUCAACACGGUCAAGCUGCGCGCCGAGACUCG